AUGUCUCACGGCGCGCGAGUGAUCCGCACCGGGGUGAGCAGCGGGGGGCCCGCGGCCCCACCGGCCGCCACCGCCUCCUCCUCCGCGGGCUCGGACGCGGAGCUCAUGGACGGCGCCUAUUUCCGCUCCUGCGCCGGCAUGCUGAAGGUGGCCCAGAUGAUCUCGCUGCUGGUUGGAUUCAUCAGUGUAAAUAAUUCUCCAUGGACGGAUUACAGUGCAUACAGCUACUUUCAGAUUGUCACCAUGUGCAACUUGGUUAUGAUUUUGUUCUUCUACAUUAUCCACAUUUUCAGAAUCUACAGGAAGCUCACUUGUGUUCGCUGGCCACUUGCGGAGUUUCUUCAUUAUUUAAUCGGUACAAUUCUGCUUCUCAUUGCAUCGAUUGUAGCAGCAUCCAAGAGUUACAAUUUGACUGGACUUGUGGCUGGAGCGACUUUCGGGUUCCUAGCUACAAUCCUUUGUGUUUUAAGCAUAUGGUCAUCCUACAAGGUUUCAUGCAUCACGCAGUCAACAAAUGCGUCUGUAUGACUCCUUCAUCUCUGCAAGACGUCUGCCUUACAAAAUAGGAUACCAAAGCAGAGCGUCCACUACAGAGGAGAGAGCAUGGGUAUUUUGUUACUAGCCUGGACAGCUGGCAGCUUUUGAAGAUCUACUUGAAUGCCUAUGUAAAACAAUGUUGUGAACCAAAGUUUUUUUCCUCCCCCCACUCCC